AUGGAAAGACAAAAGUCACGACAGAAGAAGAAGAGAGAGCGAGGGAGGUCCAUCACUUUGGAGAGCCAGAUUCCUGAUGCACCAACUCUGGAAGAAUUUGAAUGCCUCCUUGGAGAAUCUCCGACAAACUAUCCCAGAGUAGAGGCUGUUGAGAACAUGGAAAGUGAAUUACAUUCGGCAGCAAUAGACACAGAAGUAUAUGAGAAGGAAGCUGCUGAAAGAGAGGCCAAUGAUAUGGAAGACAAAUCGUAUGCAGAAGAUGCUGUUACAUCUUGUAUUGAUGAAAUCGAUGAAGUAGAUAAUGAGAUCACUGUGGCAGCAGCACCAAUGAAUGAUGAGUUUGAAGAGAAAGUAGAAGAAGUUAGUGUAAAUGUUUCCACAAUUCAAUUGCUAGAUGUUGCUCCAACUGCUCCAGUGUUAAUCAAUGAUGCUCAGUCUACUAAGUCUCAACAAUUUGUUUCAAAAUCAGUGGAAGUAUCAGAACAAGAGAAGACUACCUCUUUGGAAAAACAACCAAAGAAAUUACAAGAAGUAAUUGUAAAUAAAUAUGAAAAACCAAAAGUCACUUACAAGGAUGUCAGACCUUUCACUGAGACACAGUUAACUGCGCUUUAUACAAAUCAAGAACUAGCCCUAUCCAACCUAUUUAUAACAGAAUUUGUGGAGACUCAACUACGAAGUAGUGCACUUCGUCAGCAACAUAGAUUAUAUGAACUUCUGAUGAAUUACCUUCGUGUCAGAAAUCACUUGAUCAUAAACUCCCACGAAUUGGAAAGUCUAAAGCGAAUCUGUAAGGAAACUCAAAAACAGCUCUGGUGCUUAGAUAAAGCUUCUAUAACAGAAACCGGAGAAUGUCAGGAUGGGAAUCCAGUUAAUGCCACCCACGAAUAUUCAAUUGCACAUUUUAAUCAACAGACUUUAAGCGCACUUUCUCGAAAUUUAUCAUCCAUUAAAGACUUGCUACACAAUACGCAAGCAUUAUACUGCUAUGAAGCAGAAAUGCUGAAGAUACACAUCGAGCACUAUGUUCAAAGAGUUUGUAUUUCUUGCAAAGAAUUUGCCAACCUGGCUCAAAAUGCUCCUGUAAGUCUAGGCACAACGCAGACCCCGCCUCAUAUGAUGCCACAACUAGCUGAAUUGAGAAUGUGUACCACAAUACUUUUCAAUUUCCAAAGAAAAGUACUGAAAGACGGAAAAUUUGUAUCAGACACUAGAGAAUGGUUAUCAAAGCUCGUAGCAGUGCUCCUAAGAGUAGCGAACUGGCAAGAUCAUCUUUUUCUACUGAAUCACGUCCUGAGAUGUCCUGGUGGUGUUACCAAUUGGGCAGUCGGAUACAUUCAGACACCAGUACCCCUUCGAAACAGAGGAUCAAGUAGUUCUCCAUUAAACGAUCCACACUUGAAUCAUAUGAUAACAAUGCUUGCUAUUAUUUUGCUACCAGUUAAAGAGAGAGAUAAAUUUCUCGAACAGGUUCAAAUAUCACUACAAGACACUAGUAACAGUCCUGGUGAUACUGUAUGGGUUAUGCUCGACGAGGAGGGUGAGGACGAUGAAGAUAUUGCUAACAUAGGUGCAAAUUUACGGGAGAGUGAUCUUAUUUCUCUACUUCAUCAAAUACCCUUGGACAAACUGUUCGAGCAAGUUCUAUUGGUAGAACGACAAGAUGAAAACUACAGACAAGAUAAAAGUGCUGUGACGGAACAUCAUAUAUUACGAAUAUUUGCAUUCUCUACUGUAGUUGUUCGAUUAUUACGUCAAGGUUUGAAGACAUAUGAUUCUCCUAGAUAUCGACAAUUAGCUAAACGACUGAGUGCACUUAUCAGAGACGUAGUACAGUAUGCUAGUGAUCAAUGGGAAGCCUUUGAUAAAAGACAGAUAACAGAUCCAUCGAUACUAAUAAGACUACAGACGGAAUACGAUUCUUUCUUUCUGAGGGCCGUCCAGUGUAUAUUUUCUUCGCGGCGGUUAGGUGCUUGGCAGUAUCUUGCUGCUAUACCCUAUCACAUUGUAUCAUCUUCUACAUUAUGGCAUAUUUUCCAUAUACUACACACCGACUCUUCUUCUGCGAAUUUACCAGAGUCUGAAAUAUCCCCUACUGAGUGGGAAACGGAAUUGAAUUCUCUAAAUCUACGUAAAGAGUUUGAAGAAAAAUUAAGCAGCAUGGCAGGAGAUGAAUCGUAUUUCCUUUUAACAACCUUUGCCAAUAUGGCAAUGGCAAGACCUUAUCAAGAUUAUCAGUUUGUACGAGCAACUACAAUUGAUUUAUUUCAAAUUGGAUUUCUCAGUGAGAAAACACAGGAAUCCUGUUCUAAGGAUGCUCGAUCUCUUUUAUCAAAUUUAACAAGCAAACAUCCGUCACUCCUGUCCGACAUAAUUCACAAGCUAAAAGAUAAUUUUGUCACAGCCGGCAAGUUAAGUUUAUACCUGUUCACUGAAUUAAGAAUAGGAAAGUGGAUUCCUGGAGACGAUGACUUAACUAUUAUUUCUAAUUGGUUGCAUCAGCACCCGCUGUCCUCUACAGAAAAUCAUUUAGCACGCCUUGUUUUUAAUAAUCUGAACUGGGGAUUUGAUAGUAACGACAGUCUAUACCUGCCCAUAACAUUACACAGACGUGUGGCUUUGCUAGUAGUCGAGCUUACAAUGAAGUACGUACCGGAUAGUCCGGCACAAACAACCUCUCUAUUAGCAGAAGGUGUUAAACAGGUUUCGUCUAUGGUACGACCUCAGAGUAAUGAGCACGCAUUCACAUUGUGGGCAUGGGAAAUGAUCUCUAGAUUACGAUUGCAUCAACUUGAUCAAUCAGACUCUGCAUCUCAAUACGCCAUAUCAAAUCCAGCUGUUGCCUUCUCGAGGUUACCUGAUCUAGACUCAGACUCCUCAUUGGAAAAUCUAUUAACUGGCGUACGUGAAAAGCAGCCUAUAGCUUGUUACGUCGCAGCACUCAUGACUACAUGGGGCCACUCAGUACCGUUGAUCUGUUCUAAGGGUUUUACUCAGUUGCAAGUUUUACAAUGUUAUUAUAAGUACGAGCAGGUCUUGAUAGCGUUGCAUAAUAUUGUACCAUUGUUCCUGGACUGUCACGAUUCUUUACUUAAGAAUGAAAGAUUUGUCAGCCUCGUUAUUUCACUGGUCACUGCCGACAGGACGUAUAUGAAAAUGGCUAAGAAUCUUAUUACACCUGAAUUCCCAGGACCGAUACUCAAACUAUUUUCAAGUAUGAUAGAAUCCCAUAUGCAGAAUUACAAAAGGUUUUGCCAGGAAAGUCCUGAACCUUUAGUGAAUCUUUGGCUAAAUGUUCUUGUAAUGGUGCCUGAUUGGAAUAGGGACCAAAGUGUAAUGUACUUGAUGGACAUAUUAAUACGUGCUGCCUUCUUUCAUUUGAAUGCCAGGGCGACAACAGAGAAUAUAUUCCAUAAUCUAUUUACGCUAACAAUAGAGGGAGGUAAUGAGAAUAUUCCUUUGGGCCGAAACUCUGGAUCUUUUGGAUCCUUCCUGAGUUGGGCAACAGGAUCCUCAAACUCACCCAGUCUUUUGGGAGGAUCUAUACAAUCAGUAUGGCUUGCCUAUCGCAUAUUGACUACUGAGCAGGAAGAUAGGGAAUUGAAAACUGGUCUCUGGCAUGAAAUUCUACGCGAAUUAUUAUGGCAAACUAAAGCUUCUUUGGACAUUGCGCUCAAGAAAGCAUGUGCUACUGUUAAAGUGCAACCUUUCGGUGUGAAUGGAUUAGCCAUAUACAGAUGGUCUCAACAAGCUCUGGAUACUCCAAUGGAUCAUCCUAUCUUGCCUUUACUGUGGCAAAAUUUCUUUACCUUGUUUUUAGCGAGGGCUCCCAAUGUUUCAGGCGCCGUUGAUCGCGGUGGAAUAGGAGACAGAUUUUUUGAAGGGAUGAUUAACCUGAGUUACUUGAAAAAAUUAAAAAAGCGCCUUCAUGACACCACAGAAUACUUUCAAGUUAAGGGUGAAAAGGACCUUGAUAAUGAGAGACCAAUUACGGACGAGAGACGAGUAUUUUACUUCAAUGCAGCAAAAUUCUAUAAGACAUUGAGCUUAUGGUUGGAGGAACCAAAACUGCAAGAAUCCGGAUUAUACCUUCCUGCGUUACCGCCACAAUACAUGUCACAAAAAUUGAUGCUGCUCCUACAAGGAGAUCGGACUCCUUGGUUGGAAUACGUUGAUUACUGGUCUGUUAAGCAAAGUCAAUUAAAACUCGUACAAGAAUGGCAACGCAGUUGCUUUCGCGAUAUCGAUGCCCAGUAUCAAAAGACAGCACAUACUCCCACCACGCCGCUAGAGCCUGCCGAUCCUUUACACAGGAUCUUCAGAAGACUGAAUACAUAUGAACAACCAAUUCCACCACCUGCACUGAACAGAAACAAUCUGGUCGUGAAUCAUAUAUCCAGAGACAAUUUGUACAAUCCAGAUUCUGUUGUGAAUCUUAUAAAGCCACAUCUCAAAGUAAUCCUUGAUUAUGCUCAAACAUAUAAUCUAAUGGUAUCCGAACAUACGGCUGUGGAUUGUACGUUUUUAGAACUUGUACCGACUUUGUAUAAGGAAAUUGAAAAUCGAGUCACUUUACAUGCCUUAUGUGAUCCUGCUCCUAUGAGUCACAAAAGGUCGAGGUCUGGAACGCCACCUACGGUUCACUGUGCUGGACCUGCCGUUAUUAGAAUUAAGGUAGCAGAAGCUCGUGUUAACGAUGGAGUAGAUCAUAUGAUCAGUCAGAAUAGAGCAGAGUAUGAAAAUCUGCUAGUGAGAGCAAGUCAACCACCUCCUAGUAAAGUUACUCAAGGAUGUGUCUUUGCAGAUCAUUUGAUAGGACUCCUUGAACAUGAAUUAAACUUAAGUCGAACAAGUGAAAAUUCUACGAUGCUCAAGAAAGUUCAGGAAAGUGGUGUAAAGCUCUUUUAUCACUUGGUGGACUUUUAUACGGAAGAAGUAUCAUUGUGUCCACCAACCAAACAGCUUAUAACCACAUGUAUCGAGAAGCUUGGCCAGAUAUUUAUCAGUGGAGAAGAAACUCAGGGUCCACAGUUACUAAACACAAUAAUGCAACGGCCUAAUCUUGGCGGCCUACUGGGCCCACAUUUUACCCCUGUAGCAGGUGGCGCCUCCACCUUCUUACAAAUGUAUCAUACCGUAGUAGAAUUAUCCACUGGGACAAAUACCGAUUUAUGCUUCGUCUUAUUAUCCAAGUUUGAUGUGGGGAGCUGGCUAAAUUAUAGAAGACCAAGACUCAGUGAGCGGUCAACAUUCAUUGAUCUCGUAUCAAGAGCCUUGUGCAAUGUUGGAUUAAAUCCUGAGGAGGAAAAACUCAUACUCCACGAGCUAUUUCGCAAUCACCUACGGCUUGUGCUUCUACACGAAUUUCCUGAGCAUUACGGUGAAGUUUUAAGUGCUGUAUUGAAAGGCAGUGAAGGUCAAAAUCUCUCGUUGGACGUAUGGCGAGAUUUAUUAGGCGCAUUGAGUGGAAGAUCAAAAACCGCGGCGCCAAUUCAUCCUACAAAGGUCAGAGAUGAGAUACGCCGUUAUGCUACGGAACAAAGAUUAUUAUCUCGUCAAGAGAUGCACGAUACCGCUGUACUAUUGAGCAAACACUUUAUGAAAGAACGUCUACAGUACGGUCUUUACGGUCUAUAUCCUAAAUACAGAGUAUACAACGAACCCUUAUCCACAUUUCUUGGUAUGGUUGGACACGCCCUUGUGGUUCUUACCUUACAUUCUGACAGAGGAUCCCUGGCGGAUCAGCUGUGCGAGAAAAUAUGGCCUGUACUGAGCGAAAUGUUCGCUCCAUGGAUAACACCAUACUGGACGAGAAAUUUACGCGAACCAACAGCAGCCUGGAUUCAACAGUUAACUGAUGAUAGAUCUGUGUUAUUACCAUGGAUAAUAACAGAUGGACCAUACGCUAAUCGAACUGUGGCCAUGUUCGUUGAAUGCAUUAGAUUUAUUAUCGAUACUAUGCCAGCAUCCAGUAAAAUUCUUUGUUACCUGUGGCAGUUCUACGUAACGAAUUUCGCACAUGCCUCAGUCAAGGAACACAUUCUUAAUGUUAUUCAUGGGAAUUUCUUAUCGUUGCCGUGGGAUAGAUUCUCACCUGGUACAGGAGACGUUGAAUUUAUGGUGAAAGUAGUUGAUCAGUAUUUACCUGAUAGUCAUUUAUUUUUGGGAAGUGUAUUUACCAGUGUUAAUUGGCCAUUGUGGAUUAACGAGUUAUUAUCCACUCAGCCCCUUCCUGUGGCAGCCAGGAUGUAUAUAUGUUUAUUAAAUUUACUAGUUAAACUCUCUAAUGAGCCUAAUGUCAGACAGAAUGAUAAGGCUAUUCAACUGAUGGUAGAAGCUGAGAAAUUUGCCUGGCACUUGGUUGAUGCUACUGCUUAUGAUCAGGUAGUCAAUUGGCAUGUGAUGAGCUGUGACCCUCGAGCCAUUCUAUGCCUGGAAAGUGACCAGAGUCAUCCGAUAGAUGUGGCUGUUAAUAAUUUACUCAAGAUUGCUGCUGCGUAUGAUCCGUCUGUAACACACUUCCAUCCGACAACCUUGAAGAAGAGGCAGAUGUAUGUCAGGUCUUCUGUGAAAUUGCUAGUGAAUUGUACAACUAGAUAUAAAUCACUUUUAUCCACGCAUCCAAAAGCUUUUGUAAAUACUUUAACAAGGAUGCUGGACGAUAUGGAAAGUAUAAUCACAAGCACUGUAUCAGAACCACAACAAGUUUUAGAAGCUGGUUUAUUAAUUACUGAAUUACUUCACUCGGUGAAUCAAAGUGGAUUACUGGUAGAGCAACUUCGAACUAGCUGGGCACAAUGGCUUUUAGAAAAAUCUGCUAGUAGUCCUACACUUAUGGGGAUACUGAGAGUUAUAGGAAUAGCUGUGGCUUCACCGUCUACCUUAGGAGAACUCAUGGAAGCCGCCCUGGAUGCUUACUUCAAGCACAACAUUACAGAGGACUUGAAACCAACCUGGUGCGCUGUCUUAACUAUUCUCCAACCUGUGGUGCCUCGUCAGCCACCUGUAGAAGGAGUUUUAGUCGCUGAAGGUAGACUCCUUGCACUCUAUGCACUGUUUUUGAAAAGACUGCCUUCUUGUCGAGAUAUCAGAGAGGAAGGAAUGCUUCUUAUAAAUUUAAUAGAUUGGAUUGCUGCUAUUAAACCAACUGAUACAGUAGAAGAGAAGUUACCUCUGCUAUGGGGGAAAGCUUUGGAAUUAACCUACAGACAAUGUCAGUACAGUGAAAAUACAGUAAUCGCUGCGAGAGCCUUGAAGGGUUUAGCUCGCGCAUUACUAACCAUGGCCGACGAUGCUGGUCAGGGCUGGGGUAUAUUGGGAGCCAUUGGUAUAAGGAAAGGCUCUCAGCUAUCUAUCAGAUGCAAGUUCCUCAGUAGAGCCUUAGGAGUGUACUGUCUGGCUCAACUUCCUGAAUCAAAAUCGGAACAGCAAAUAGUACGUUACACUUCGCAUUCUCCAGGUGUAGCGCCCACGAGAUCUACCGACAAUGACGCCAUGGAAAUUCGACCCAGCGCUGACGCCAUUAAAGCAAUGCAGAGUUUGGAAGCUCUUUUAACGAAUAAACAGUAUGCAGAACUUAAAGGGGAUAUAGAACAAGCGAUUAAGCUUAUCAGAGACUCUGCGAAUUCACUUCACAAUGCUGUAGCUGUCGCUGGGACUCUCACGGCUGAACUUUACACUCAGAGAUAUUUGCAUGUUUUAACGGAAUAAUGGAUGGUACUGUCCCUAAUGAGUAGUACAGAUGAUUUCGUUUACGUGGACUAAGAACAAGAUAAUAAGGAUUUGUUUUUAUUUCUUAUCCUCUUUAAUCUUUUAUAUCAUUUCAAUUUUGUAAUUAACCAAUUUAAUCAAUUUCAUUCGUACGAAUCUAGUCAUUAGUUGCUACUCUUUGAAAAUUGGCGUUCUACUAUUUCUUAUAUUCUUUCUCUUUUCUUUUAUUGAGUUCAAGUGAUAAUCCAGUGCUCACAUUCAUAUGUAUGUUGUUCUUUAAGUUAAAACAAAUCUGAAGGCUAAGUUUAGGAUACAUCGAUAGGAGACUGCGACUUUCCAAGACAUGUUUUUUAUCAGGACAAGACGUAUCUUUUCUCAGAUCUUGCAAGAGGUAAGCGUAUAACUGUAUACCUGUGUACCAUUGAAAAAGCAGGCAGCAUCUUUUAUGGCAGGUUUGGGAUCAAAACUUGAUACUGAUGAUACAAUGACAAUUUCUUAAAACUCACGAGAUGCACUGUCUUACAUUUAAGAAAAGGUAAAAUAUGCUAAGAUGAAUAAAACAAGGAACAUGCAAUAUCUAUUCUAUUCGUAGAGUCUCUUUUAAACGUUGAAAGUGUUUUGACUUGAGACAUUUGCACCUUUGCAAAAUCUAUUUAAUAACAGUUGGACACAGUGAUCCAUAGUUCAGUAUAGAUCACUUGUAUGGGGUGAGAUAUUCUCUUUAGCAUUAUUGAAAAAGAUUUGAUAUGCUGCAUAUCGUAAUUACUCAAAAAAUUUCUGUACGUACAUAUUUCGUUUAAGGUAAAUCCGCAUACUCGGAGCAUUGUGAAUCGAGUAAAUAGAAAAGUUAAUGUCUCGUGAUUAUCUUGUUAUUGUCACACAAAGACUCGACAAGCUCGUUGCGCGACUUUUACUUGUCAUUUCUCUAAUAGGCAUAGAAUCAUCACUGUGCAACGAUCAUGAUCACAAUGAUUGUUUAGUCGUUACUAAUUUAAAAUGUUUAUAACAUUUUUUUAACUGUUAAAUCAAGACACGACCACUUUUAGUCGCGGUAUAAUAUUCACGGUACGCUUUACAGUAUCCCUUAUGCUUGGCCUUAAACCAGGCUGUGACCAUUUUUUGAAUUAACUAGUUGUACAUUUUAAUAGUAUAUAGGCUGUGCCGAAUAUAGUUUUAUUAUUUGAGGUUGUAUUAUAAUAAUAUAUUGAAGAACACAUGCUAUUGAUAUGUUGUUAAUGUAUUUAUUGACAAAAAUAUUAAAAUACAUUGCAAUCUGAAA